GGGGGUCUGGAACUGAAAGGUUACUGUGAUACAUUCCACUGAAAUCACUGUGCUCCCAUGUGCUCUGGAGUAAGUGUGUGGGAGAACAAAAUUUGGGUGGGGUAACUUUAAAUGAGAUUCUGCUCUAUUAUUUUUAAACGGUCCUUACAUUCUUUUAUCCUCUGAACACUACAAGUAUCCUAAAAAGGAAUAUGGAAUUGUUGAAAACUGCAGUAUCCACCCUGUGAUCAUGUGCUACCUCCAGUUGAGGUAAUUGUGACUAAAAAAAACCCAAAAAGCAUUCAGAACUAGUAGAACAGCAGUGCUUUCUGAUCACUCUCCCCAGUUAUUUAGAAAAUAAACUUCUGAAACUUGCUUUUGCAAGUGUAGUGUCUUGCAUCUGGGCAAGAACAAUGCCAGGUACCAGUAUAGCUUGAGGAUUGACCUGUUGGAGAGCAGCAUAGAGGAAAGGGACUUGGGGGUACUGGUGGACAACAGGAUGACCAUGAGCCAGCACUGUGCCCUUAUGGACAAGAAGGCCAAUGGCAUCCUGGGGUCUAUUAGAAGGGAUGUGGUUAGUAGGUCAAGAGAGAUUGUUGUCCCCCUCUACUCUGCCUUGGUGAGACUACAUCUGGAAUAUUGUGUUCAGUUCUGGGCCUCUCAGUUCAAGAAGGACAGGGAAUUGUUUGAGAGAAUCUAGCACAGAACCAUAAAGAUGAUUAAAGGAGUGGAGCAUCUCCCUUAUGAGGAAAGGCUGAGGGAGCCGGGUCUCUUUAGCUUGGAGAGGAGGACACUGAGAGGUGACCUCAUUGAUGUUUAUAAGAUUGAGUGUCAGGAGGAUGGAGCCAGAUUGAGUAUCAGGAGGUUGAGUGUCAGGAGAUUGAGUGUCAGGAGGAUGGAGCCAGGCUCUUCUCAGUGACAUCCAGUGAUAGGACAAGGGGCAAUGGGUUCAAGCUGGAACACAGGAGGUACCACAUGAAUAUGAGAAAAAACUUCUUCCAUAGUAAGUGUAACAAGACACUGAAACAGGCUGCCCAGAGAGGUUGUGGGGUCUCCUUCUUUGGAGAGACUCAAAACCCACCUGGACACAUUCCUGUGUGACCUGGUCUAGGUGUUCCUGCUCUGGUAGGAGGAUUGGACUAGAUGGUCUUUUGAGGUCCCUUCCAAUCCCUGACAUUCUGUAUUCUGUGAUUUGUCUAGGUGUCCUGGGAGUCCACUAUACAGUAUGUAGGUUGAGCCUUAAUUUCAGGGUUGCAUAGGAAAUUCUCAACCACCUCCUCCUGCAAAGAUAAAACUUAUCUUUCUCUCUCUCUUAUAGUGUCUCCUGCUUCUGCAUUUCUCUGUCUGUAGUUAACAGCUCAACCAUCCACCACAUUUUCAGCUUGGGAGCUGUUUGGCUUCAUGCCUCCUGUUCUGGACAGUAUGCAGCUCUGCUCUAGUGAGCCUGCUCUCCCAAAGAAAGCUUAAGUGUUUGUGCAGAAAAGAGGUCAAAUGUACUUGAGUCCUUCUGUAUACGGAGUAAAACAUGCUGCCUGUUGCAGCAGGCUCACAUCUUACCAUCACAUAGUGUCUUCUGGUUGGGAUGGAAAGAAAAGGGAGUAGAUCAAGUAAGUGCUGUAUUGUGUGUUAGAAAUAAUGGUAGAGCAUGAUUUGGAGUUGGCUGGCUUUGAAUAAACAGUUCUUUCCUAGAUCAGGAUUACAGUCUGGAGUGUAGUAGAGGAUGUUCUAGAUGGGUUCCCAGAUGAGUUUUUUCAGUCUAUAGAAAAAUGUCUCAUCAGCUACAAAUUCAUGAUUGCUUUGGUGCUGGUCCUUUGUCUGUUAAGCAUGCAUUGUUCAAUCAUAGAUUGGGCUGAUCAUGUACAGUUGCAAUCCUGAUCACUUAGCCUCAGUAUUGUUGUAUGGCGAAUACCACUGAUAAAUCCACUGUUGGAAGUCAGAAGAAGCUCCAGGGCUAAAGGAGUGUCAAACCUGCAGGGCUGACCUCACCCAUCUGAUUCUUGGUUCUCUGUCCUGUUGGUAGUGCAUCAUGCUCAUCUGCGCUCUACUUUCCACAACUUCAUUAUGUACCAUAAUCACUCUCUGAAAUUAUUGAUAUAUAUUUCCUUCACUGCUUUCCUUUUGACUUCCACCUUCACCCGUGCUUGUGCCCCAGUAUUGUGGGGAAAAAAAAAAAUCUUCCCUUAUUAUUGGCCCUGGUGUCAUAUUCUUACCAGCACUUACUGACAUGGUGCUGGUGAUUCUCAUGUAAUUAUAGGGUAGAGCAAGGUGUCUCCUUUUCCAGGUGUCUAUCUGGGUCUCUGAAUUUUGUCCAAGGCUUCUCCCUGCUUGCUCUCUCUCUCUUGUUUAGAGCUGGAGCAAAGGCUAGAGGCUUUGUGAACAGAAACGUUGAUUGGCCUCAAAUACUGACCUGCCCUGCUCGUCUGAGCAGCGCGUGGCCAGCUAAGCACUUUGCAGCUAUGUUCUGCUCAUUCCAGAAUGGCUGGAAUGGCCAUCUUUAUUGAUUCACUCAUUAACAAGAGCAUGUGUAAAACCUUUGUGGAGAUGAAGAGAAAAAUUUCCAUUGAAAGAAAGAAAGAAAGAAAGGUUUCAGUGGAGUUAAAUCCUGUAGCAAUAUACAACAUUGUGUUAGAAUGUGAAACUGGCCAGUUUAAUUGCCAUAUCAUGGCAAACUUGAGUACCCAAACUAAGCACCAUGAGGUGAGGGUGGUUAGGAAGUUGCAAGGCAAAUUGUCUUUUUUAAAAAACAUUUAUUGCAGCAAGAAAGGAAUUUUUGCUGUGUAGAAACAUGUCUUUUGUGUCCCUUUAAACAGUGCACAACAGUUCAAAGGCUUCAGUUUGGAGGAGUUGCAAAAAAGCAAUUGUUCUUUUUUUUUCUUUUUCAUUUAUUUGUUUAUCUUAUGCAAGAUUUAAAUAUUAAGUAAAACAAAAAUAGGAAAUAGCUAUCUGUGUGUUCUUACUGAGGUACAUUAUAUAUAUGCUCUUCUUUUUUGGCACUAGUUGUACCUAGCCUGAUUUUAACAACAACAAAAAAAUCUGUUCAGCUGUCAGUUGAAACGCAUGUAAAAGGAUUUUAUGAGUGGUCUCCUCUUCAUGUCUGAAGUGUUGUGUCAUGUCUUACUAAGUAUUGGAAGCUUGCAGUGGUACUGAUUCUCACAAAAGAUACAAAGGAUUACAAUUUGAAAAGACAUUAUCUACAGAAACAUGCUGCUAAAUUUGAUGUGUAUCGAGGAGUGCUUUGUAAAGACAAAAUAGCGGAGCUGAAGAAUGUGUCUACCAUCUCAACAAAAUCUUAGGAAAAAAAAGGUAAAACUCAAACACACUGUCAUAAAGCUACUUAUGUGAUAGCAAAUCUGAUUGCAAAAAAAUUGAAACUAUUUACUGAUGGUGAGUUUAUUAAGCAGUGUUUGGAAAGUGUGGCAUAUAUAAUUUGUCCUGACUAAAACCAAAACAAAACCAGAUGUUUUGAAAGCCAGUUUGUCUCAUCAAAAUGUCACCAGGUGAACUGGAGUAGUAGAAAAAUCUAUCGGAAGAAAUUUGAAGAGUAAAGCUGCCAAUUUCAAAUGGUAUGCUUUGGUGCUAAAUGGAGAUACUGGUGCUACAGGUAUGGCUCAACUUGCCAUUUUCAUUAGGGGUACUGAUGAUGAAUAUAAUGUCACUGAUGAAAUGACUGCUUUGGUGCCUCUGAAAGACACAAGUAAAUCUCUUGAUAUUCAUGAAGCAGUAAAAAUUACAUUAAAGUGAUUUUCUUUAACCUUUGUCAAGAUUUCUGGUAUAGUUACUGAUGGUGCCCCAGCAGUGGUUGGUAAGAAAGAGGGACCUAAAAAUUAAUAGAGGACAGUGCAAUUGCCACUACCACUUUGAUGAAAUAUCACUGCAUGGUACAUCAGGAAAGUUUCUGUGUGAAAGCCUUAAAAAUGGAUAAUGUUAUGCAAAUUGUCAUCAAAGCUGUGAUCUUCAUAAAGUCCAAGGAACUGAAUCAUAGAAUCAUCAAGGUUGGAAAAGACCUACACCAUCAUCCAAUCCAACUGUCUGCCAGUUCCUUAAGUUCCAGGAGUUCCUUAAAAGAAUGGAUGCUGAUCAUGGGGCAUCAUUUACUUUUCUGAAGGAAUGUGGCUAAGUUAAGGUAAAAUGCUAAAAAGACUUUAUGAUUUGUGAAAUGAAAUCAAGACUUUCAUGGAAACAAAAGGAAAAUCUGUGCCAAAAUGUGAAGAUGAAAAAUGGUUCACACAUUUAGCACUUUUGAUGGAUUUUAUCAUUCAUUUAAAUGAGUUAAAAAUGUGCCUCCAAGGUGAAAAUCAACUUCUCUGUGCUAUGUUUCAAACCAUAACAGCAUUCAAAAUGAAACUUAAAUUAUGGCAAGCUCAAGUUACAGCAAAUAAUUUCAUGCGUUUUAAUAUUUUGGCUAAACACAGUCCUGUGAACAGUGAAAAAUAUGCAGUCUUGCUUUCCAUUCUGAUAAAGUAAUUUGAGAAUAGGUUUCAAGAAUUCUGAAAAAAUCAUCAAUUUCUUGGUAUCUUUGUGACUUGAUUUUCAGUUCACAAUAAAUACAUUGCAUGCACAUUUUCAAAUGGAAUGUAUAAUGUUUCAAUCAGAGUUUCAGCUCAAAGGAAAAACUGAUCACAUCUCUUUACCAGACUUUUAUAAGACUCGUCUAAGCAGAAAAAAGUAUCCCUUUUCGUGAUCACACCUUAUUCAUGUCAUUGUUUUUGACAGUGCAUACAUUUGUGAGUGACUAUUUUCAAGGAUGAAUCACAGGAAGAGUAAUAUUUCAUCAAAAAUCUCAGAUGAACACCGUGAAAGCUCAUUGACAACUGCAACCACUUCCACUGAAUGAGACACUGAUUUGUUAGUUUCACGAAAACAAGGUCAAAUACCCCACUAGAUUCAUGUUUUUGUUGCUGUUUAAGUUUUAAUAAAACAUAUAUAAAAAUUAAGGUUUUUUUUUUUACUUGUAUAAAUUAAGUCAAUUAUGUAUUCUACAUGCGGCCCAAGACAGUUUCUCUUCUCUCAGGCCAAAAAGAUUGGACACCAAUGGGCUAGCCUCAGGCAAAGCUAUGGUGUCUUUGUCCACCUGUUAGCAGCAUAGCUGCCUGGAUUUCUGGAGUUAUUACUACACAGGUAUUUAAGGAUCUCUCUAAUUUUUACUUUUAUUUUUGAUUUUUAUUUCUUGAUCUAGACCAUCUAGAAGUGGUUGUAGAGCUUAAGCUUUUUAGAGUACUCUUGAACAUGUUUGUGAUUGAAUACUUUUAACUACGGCUGCAGGAUGUCUUUUAUCUCUUUGACUCAUAGUAAGAGAAGAGCAUGUGAAUAAAGACUAUAUUUUAUUUGUUAAAUGUUUACCUUCAAGUGUUCUGAAGUAUAAACCUCUUUCUGUUCUGCUCUUGUGUAGCACCUAACACAGGUGCUAUUUGAUGAUAUUUGGGUUUAGGAAGGUGACCUAACUUGCAGAACAAUCCAAAACUCAAGCUUAACUCACUGCUGUACAGCUAUCUGGGGAGUCUCAUUCCCCAGACGUGCUGCUUAUCUUAGAUGCAAUAUACAGUUAACUGUCUAGAAAACUUGUAUACUACAGGUGAUGACAGAAGCCAAGGUCAUUUUGUAACUUCUCAAACAAUGUGGUUACUAGUGCUUAUGUAUGUGUCUGAUAUACCUAUUUUGCUCUGUUUGCAGGUGUGUGCUUUUCUUUCAUCUUUGCUUCUUUUACUGUGCGUGGUUGAAACCUCUUAGGAAUCCUUUGGGAACUUCUCUGCUUAUCCAGAGACUGAAAUAGAGCCCUUUCAAGUCAGAUAGCAGACUUCAGUCUACUUGACUGAGCUUUGAAUGAAGAACCAAAAUGUUGUCUUUGUUGAAGCAAAUGGUGAGGCUUCAGUAAGGUCUGGAAUUCCCUUGAUUCUAGCAUAGGAAUAUGUUUACCUAUUAAGAAUACCCAGUGUGACAAGUUAUCCUUUAGUGACUUCUUUGUGAGGGCUGUUUUUCUGUUGUUAUUUUGCUUCAGGGGGUGAUUAUUUGUGAUCCAACAUGAAUCUGUUCAAUAGGAACAACAGCAACCUCUCACUGACCUUGUGCUCAUGAUGUGAAUCAUGGAUCUAUAAAUUAUGAAUUUGUCAGAAGUCUAAAUGAAGUGCACCAUUUGAGAUGUAGGAAUGUACAUACAUUUGAGAUGGAGAAUUGUACAUAAGCACCAGUGUGAGCUUGUGGAGUGCUAGUCAGUGCACUGCUUGAAAGAAGUUUUAUUGCAUGCCCCAAUAGCAAAUAGGUUGCUGUGUUUUUGAAGGAGAGAAAACUGUAGCAUAAAAUCAACCUUGUUAGCCACUAAGGUGUAUGGCAGGCCAGCGAUGGGAAGCUAGUGCAGUGUCAGAUUCAUACCUUCAAUUGUUUUACCUUUGUUGCUUCUUGUCAAUGUGCAUUUAAACAUCAGGGGAAAACAUUGUGUAGCAGUGCAAUUCAGUUGGGGACAAUGAUUUGUGAGUACAUUUAUAAAAACAAUUUAAUUUGGAGGUUGGGUUUUAAAUGCAUUUGAAACAUGGGUUGACUAAGUUAUUUCUGUGUAUUUAUCAAGUGAGGAAGCUGGAUAUUUUUUUCUAUAACUUCUGGCUAAGGACAGUUGAAUGGUGUUGUGUGCUUAUGCUUUCUGUUCCUGCUUGAGAAGGCCGCAAGUUUCAGCUAUCUUAGAGUGUGUCUUAAGUGCAUUUACUGGAACAGUGAUAGCAUGCUCAAGGGUGGGAUUUUUAUGGAUUUCUUUUUGCCCACCCAUUUAUGUUCCUGUCCCACUUGGUACACCGAGUGGUACAAAGCCUGUUGCUCUUUGCUUUUGCUGGAUUUCUCACAGUUAUCACCUGUGUCAAUGUGUGAUGACGAUUACAAGCAGCAGUUAUGCACCCUUGCAGUUAUGUCGGAUUGAUGUGGCAAACAGGACUGCCAAGUGCUAAACAGCAACAAAGCUUCCCUAGGCUUGAUGUUGUGCAGGUCUCUUUUUGCAGCAGUUAACACUACUACUUAAUGCAUAUGUUGUUUGCCGGUAAACUUGAAGUUGCUCAGAGUGUUUUGGUUUUGUUAUUCUUAAUGUUGGUUCCUUGUUUGCAAGCCAGGUCUCGCUUCAACUGGAUUGCUGUGCUGGUUAUUUUGCAUGCUGUGCUUUCAAGAAGAAGGUUGCCUUAUACGUGUUUGCAAGGAACGUCAGAUUGUCACAGCAAAAAUUUCUUGAUCGUUUGCUGUAGUUGUGUAUGUCAGCUAUCUCCAUUAACUCAGAAGAUGACUAAUGAGUGGAAUAAGAAUGAUGAUCGGCUGCUGCAGGCGGUGGAGAAUGGUGAUCCUGAGAAAGUGGCUUCACUGCUGGGUAAAAAGGGAGCCAGUGCCACCAAACAAGAUAGUGAAGGCAAAACUGCUUUUCACCUGGCAGCCACAAAAGGACAUGCAGAAUGCCUCAGGAUUAUGGUGACACAUGGUGCAGAUGUGACAGCCCAAGAUGGUGCAGGGCACAGUGCUUUACAUCUUGCAGUGAAGAACAGCCACAUUGACUGCAUUAAGAGGUUACUUCAGUAUAAAUGUUCUGUAUACAGCACUGACAACAGUGGGAAAACAGCUUUACAUUAUGCAGCAACGUGUGGUUGUCUUCAGGCUGUUCAACUUCUCUGUGAACACAAAUGUCCAAUUAAUAUGAAAGAUUUGGAUGGGAACAUACCUUUGCUGCUUGCAGUACAAAAUGGCCAUACAGAAGUCUGUAAAUACCUUCUGGAUCAUGGAGCAGACAUCAACACAAGGGAUAAAAAUGGAAGAACUGCUUUGAUGAUAGCUUGUGAAGCUGGUAGCCUUAACAUGGUGGAAGUGUUCCUUAGGAAAGGUGCAGAUGUCAGUUUAGUAGACGUCUUCGGACAGAAUGCCCUGCAUUACUCCAAGAUCUCUGAGAAUACAGGAAUCCAGAAUCUGCUGUCAUCAAAAAUAUCUCAGGAUGUGGAUGCAAAAUCACCAACAAAAGUAAAGCAGCAUGAUCAAGGCUCUAAAUUAAGUUCAGAAAGAAGUGGAACUCCAAAAAAACGCAAAGCCCCACCUCCUCCUAUCAGUCCUAUGCAGCUUAGUGAUUUGUCCUCUCCACGCUCAUCAACUUCAACUCCUAUGACUGGAAAAGGACAGGCUUUCUUUGCUGACCAACAGGAAGACUUCAGCUCCUUGCUUCAAGACAAUAAAGACAGACUAAGUGACAGCACCGCAGGUGCUGAUAGUUUGUUGGAUGUGAGUUCUGAAACUGAACAGCAAGAUCUACUUAUGCUGAUGCAAGCAAAAAUUGCUUCUUUGACAUUACACAAUAAGGAACUACAAGACAAAUUACAGGAAAGAACACCUAAAGAAGUGGAUUCUACCAUAGAUUCUUAUCAUUCAACCCAAAGAGAGUUUGAUCAAACAGCAGAUAGACAAAGCGAGAUCUCAGCUCAGGAGCUGAAGUCUACCUUAAAUGCCACCCAGUCUCAAGAAAAGUUGACAAGCCCCAGUGAAAUAAAAAUAAAGUACCUCCAGGAAGAUUCAAAGGAUGCACAGAGGAAAUUAGAGAAUUCCGAAACCAAAAGAAAGCACUUAGAAGCUCAGGUCCAGUCUAGAGUCCCAGAAGCAGAUUUAAAUAACACAGAUAUCUCAGAAAAUGGCUCUGAUCCUAGCCUGAAAAUCCAAGAAACUCAAAGCAAGUAUGAAGAAGCAGCGAAAGAGGUUUUAAAUGCACAAAAGCAAGUGAAACCGGGUCUUGUUUCCUCUGAAAGUGAAGAAACUUGUUCUGAGCUGAGUAAGUUGAAGGUUACAUGUGAAGAAGUUGAGAUGCUUAGGCAAGAAUUAAGGAGAGCCUUGGAGGAAAGUGAAAGACAAAAAGAGAAAGUGAGAGAGCUACAGAAGAAGUUUGAAGAAAGAGAGCAGAAUGUUACCAGCAAAUUGUCUGUGGAAGAAUGUGAGGAAUUAAAGAAUUCAUACUGUUCAGUUAUUGAUAACAUUAAUCAAGAGAAAGCACUGUUGAUUGAGAGGUACAAAGAAGGGCAAGAGGAAAUUAAAAGGCUACAGGACAAGCUGACAAAUCAGACACAUUUAGAGUCUAGUGCUGAAUCAGGAGAAAUGAAAGAUGCAAUGCACAGAAUGAUAGAUGAGCUCAACAGACAACUCAGUGAAUUGUCCCAGUUGUACAAAGAAGCACAAGCAGAGCUUGAAGAUUAUAGGAAGAGAAAGACUCUAGAUGAUAUAGCUGUGGACUACAUACCUAGAGAUGAACAUGAGAAGCUCAUGCAAGUAACAAAUUCUUUGAAAUACAAAGCAGAGAAUGAGUUAUUAGAAAUGAAAUCCCAGUACACAAAAGUAUUAGAUGAAGCAGAAGAGCUAAAGCAGAUGUUGGACACUCAGAAACAAAACUCAUUGCCAAUUGCUGAACACCAGCAGGUGAUGAAUGCACUUAGAAGUACUGUAAAGGAAAUGGAAGAAGAAAUAAAUGAGCUCAAAGAAUUACUUACCAACAAGGAAAGUGAAGUAAGAAAUCUACAGAAGGAAUUAUUAGAAGAAAAAGCUGCAAUUAAUGAGGCAAUGGUACCCAGGGCUGCAUAUGAAAAACUCCAAUCUUCAUUAGAAGGUGAAGUUAGUAUUUUGUCAUCAAAACUGAAGGAUGUAAUCAAAGAGAAGGAAAAUGUGUCCUUAGAUGUUAUGCAGCUGAGAAGUGAAGUUUUGCAUUUGAAAGAAGAGAAAGAAGGUAUGCAUAAUCUGCUUGAAGCGAAGGAACGGGAGGUGAGUGGUCUUCACCAGAAGUAUCAUCAAGCUCAAGAAGAUCUUCUUGAGAUGAAAAGAUACUCUGAAAGCUCAUCAAAGCUAGAAGAGGAUAAAGAUAAAAAGAUCAAUGAAAUGUCCAAGGAGGUCAGCAAGUUAAAAGAAGCUUUGAACAGCCUUUCUCAGCUUUCCUACUCAACCAGUGCCCCCAAAAGACAAAGUCAGCAGCUGGAGGCAUUACAACAACAAGUGAAGCAGCUGCAGAACCAACUGACUGAAACAAAGAAACAACAUCAGGAAACGGUGUCAGUUUACAGGAUGCAUCUUCUCUAUGCUGUGCAGGGUCAAAUGGAUGAAGAUGUCCAGAAGGUGCUUAAACAGAUUUUAUCCAUGUGCAAAAGCCAAUCACAGAAGAAGUAAACAAACAAGCAAAUCUCCCCGUUUCUGUUAAUACUGUUAUGGGUGUUUAUCUAGAUUUGCCUUAACAUAAGAUUUAAAAUUGGCAAUUUGCUGCUUUUUUGUUGUUGUGUUGUUUGUGAGGUGGAUUUGUUUGUCUGUCUACUACUUUCCAUGUGCAUCUGCAUUAGCAGUAACUAAACACAUGCCUGCUUUUCCAAAUGCAAGUAUGUUCUUCAGACUUAGGCCACUCCAUGUCAUGUUUACUCUGAAAGUACUUUCUAGCUUCCUCCAAGAGGGGGGUUAAUCUGGAGGCAAGCACUAAUGUCACCUGGAUAACGGUGAAAUUCUCCAUAAGGACUCCUGCACUGUGUAUAAGCUGCAUCUUGUUAAUGGGGAUAUUUUAAUUGCUUGAUGGUGCAGCACUUAGGUUCCAGACAUUUUGCCACUUGCAGUCUCUGGCAGAGCAGAAGUGAGCCUUGCAGCAGAGAGCAGAAGUAGAUCUUUAUGGUGAGCCAGAACAUCCAACAGCUCUACUUAGUAACCUAAUUUUAUUUAAGACUAGCACACCAUAAUGUGGCUGUCCCAACCCAUCCAAUGCACUGAGUACACAAAAAUCCCACCAUGCUUCAUAAUUUCCUUGAAUGAAUAAUUUCCUUGAACUAAAACUAUUUCAAAAGGUAAAAUAAGUAGUUUAUUGAAGUUGUCUGCACAAACAACUAAUUAUAAUAGGUUUAGCUAUCUAUGCAAGUGUUGGCCAUGAAGCUCAGGAACAAAACCAGAACAUAUACUUUAGACAAGGGAUUCUAGUGAACACAGGAUGUUUACAGUGAAUGUUAAUGCCUCAUACUUCCUAACCUCACUUUUGUAAAGAUCUUCUCUUCAGUCUAUUUUUAUCGGCCCUCUAAUUAAUUUUUUUGUAACUAAACCAUUUUUUCUACAUAAUAUUUGCAUUAAGCUUAUUAACAAAUAUUUUUAGGUAAUUGUGUAUUAGAAUUUCCUUUUAUACCCCCAAGUAUUCAGUAAAUAGUGAAGCACAGAGAAGUGUUCUCAGUUUGAACAAGAUCUGUACAGAGUCAUAGACCUGUCUGUCAGUGUGGUCCAGAGCAGUGAGGUGUAAAAUGCAGCUCAGCUGGAUGUAUCAGCAAGUGUAGAAAUGGUAGGUAGGGAACUCCAAAUGACCUCAAAAAUCCCUGUAUGUUGUUUCUAGAGUCCAGGGUCAUCAAGAAUGCUUUUGUCAGCACUUUCAGAUUUGGAAGUCAAAUAAAAAAUGCCCAGUGUGGUUUAGUAUGAAAUUAUGGAAGACAUUUUCUAAGCACACACUGCACUUGAGGGUAUAACCAUUCGACAGAUCUUGCAGCUUCACUGUGGUAUUUGUUAGCUCCCUGCUAGUGGAUGCAUCUCUAUUAAAAAAAUCUCCAGAGCUGUAUGACCUGUGAAGUUAAUAUAGAGUCAUAACAGGACAAGAGCCAGCGGUGCCAGAGGCUGGCUGGACUCAUAGUGCACUUAUAACAGAUAAUUCCUAUCCCUGGAAAAACUAAAUCGGAUUUUUAAAACCAAUUAACAAACAAAACACACCUUUGCAUCAGUUAGACCUUGGUGUUACUUUUCUUGGGUGGUUUAACUAGUGCCUGCUUAUUUUGGACAGUAUUUUCUAGUUAGGUGGUUUUGAAAAUGCUCCAAAGAAAUGUGAAAAGAAUUUUGCUGCAGCGCUUCAGAAUGAACAACGAAAUUUUAAGCAUGCUACUGCUGCAAAGUAUAAAACUUGGUGAACCAUUUUGUAGGUUGCCUGAUGGAUUUAGUCUUCUACCUUGUUUUGGUUUGUAUAUUUAUUACAAUAAUCUUUGUGGAAUACUGAAAAUUAUACACUACAGCAUAGCAAGUUUCUUUAUAUGUAAUUUACAAGAACUUUCCUUAUGCAGCAAAUAAACUAUUCCAAUUUUUUCA